AAACGCGAAUGACAGGAAUGAAACGCGACGAGAAACGUCGUAAUGGCGGAACGAGUGGAAGCUGCUGAAGUAUGUUUCAACGACACGGAUUGUUUUUCGCCGUGAGUUGAAACAGUCGCCCGUUUGUGUUCGUGUUUGAUUGUGCACGCGCUCGAAGGUUAUUAAUCACUCGCCAUUGAGGUCGGUCGAGUCCUCCCACAACGACACGAUGAUGAAUAAUCGCAGACGAAGCAAUAACUUUACGUACGUCAGUUCGUGCGUGAAGUACAUGAUCUUUAUGCUGAAUUUCGUCUUCUGGUUAUUUGGCGGACUAUUAAUUGGAGUAGGUCUAUAUGCUUUCGUGGAUAAAUGGCAAGCAACAGGAUCUGUCAGAGUGGAAAACGUUUACGAUGUAGUCUUAAACAUCUCCCUGGUGAUGCUGAUAGCUGGUGGCGUCGUCUUUGUCGUUAGCUUUGCAGGAUGCGUAGGAGCUCUUCGUGAGAACACAUGCCUUCUUAAAUUCUAUUCAUUGUGUCUUCUGGUAUUUUUCCUCCUGGAAAUGGGUGUGGCAAUUGUUGGAUUUGUAUUUCCACAUGCAUUGCAGUCUCUUUUGGAAGAAUCUUUUACAGACAAAAUAAUUCAAACAUACAGAGAAGAUCCAGAUCUGCAAAAUUUCAUUGAUUUUGGACAACAAGAGUUUAAGUGCUGCGGUUUAAGCCAAGGGGGAUACCAGGACUGGGGAAAGAAUGAAUAUUUUAAUUGUAGUAGCCCUAGUGUGGAGCGUUGCGGUGUACCAUUCUCUUGUUGCAUAAAUGCUACUGAUAUAUCUAGCGGACUUGUAAAUAUAAUGUGCGGCUAUAAGGUCCAGAUGUUGCCAGUAUCAGAAGCAAGUAAAAAGGUGUGGACUAGCGGCUGCAUCGAGAUCGUGCGUAGUUGGGCGGAGCGUAAUCUCUACACGAUAGCUGGUAUCGCUCUGGGUAUUGCGCUCAGUCAACUCUUCGUGAUCUAUCUCGCAAAAACGCUGGAAGGUCAAAUCGAAUUGCAGAAGUCCCGCUGGCAUUCCUGAGCUUGACUUCAGGCCACCUACCAUUAUCAGAUACAUUCUCCAGCCAACAGGCAGGUGGCCAGCGGCGGUCGAUCGCGCGCAUCGCAUGAUCACACAGAGACAAAUAUAAACGCGCGAAUGGCAUUGCUCGUCCUCUUUGCGAUCUCUUUAUACAUAUUGUGCAUUCUAUCCCUCAUCAAACUUGUCCUCUACUUCAAAAAUUACUUUCACCUGUACGUGAGUAAGGGAUAAAGAGGUCGUUGAUUCUUUGUCCAUCACUCGCAGAGGAUACGUUUACGCGAUUAGCUAUCGAUUAAGACCUUACAUUGAGAUUAUAUACAUACAGGUGCAGAGAGAAAUAGUGUCCUAUGUAUUUACAAUCAGUGAUCAAAUUGUUUUCUAAUAUUCGGGAAAUAUACUUUUUUGUUCACACAGAA